CAAAAAAACGUCCACCAGUGCUUUGGGUUGGCAUGGGUUUCGGCUAUUAAACAAAACUUUUUUUUGUAAUUUGUCACCCGCUCGAGUUUAACCUCCUUAUUAUGUCAUGUUUUUGUCGUCUCUAUAAAUAUUCCGUCGAAUGUCGGGAUGAAGCUAGCUAGCCUUAACCCGCAGCGCAGGUGUUUGCUAACUGCUCAGUGGUUUGUUUUGGGAAAUGUCCACGACCGUUUCUGAAAACAAUGAAGAGAAAAGUGGCCAAAUUAAGACUGAGUCCCAACGAAGAGGCUCGGUUGAUACGAGAGGAGCAUGAAAGGAGGAGGAAACUACGAAUACAGCAGGUGCGGGAGCAGCAGAGGUACAUCGCUCUGCAGAUACGCCAAGCGGUUGAGCAAAGACGGCAGCGUGAACUAAAGCUGCUGGAGGAGCAGUUAAAGGGAGACUGGGACCAAAAGCAAAGAGAAAGAGUUCACACAUUGCAGAGAUUGUAUCAGGAGAGCCUUCAGCUUGUCGGCCAGGGACACAGAAGCGCAAAAGAAAAUGAACCAGACUUGGCAGCCAUCGCUCAGAGGGAGGAGGAGAAUCAUUCUAAAGCUGAGGAACGUUAUCGAGAAGCCCUGAAGGAGCUCAAAUCACAGAGGCUUAAAGACCAUGAAAAGCAGAGCCGAUCCAUCAAUGCGAGGAAAAAGGCACUGCAGGCAGAAAAAGAAAGAUCUGCAAAAGUGGCCAGCCUCCCACCGCCUCCUCCAAAUCCACUUCAGUUUGUUGGAUCCAAGCCACUGCAUGUUGUUAAGAAAUCUGAUGUGAGCGCCUACGCUACCACGCAUUACCACAUGCCCGAGACCAUAGUGGACAGAGAAACAGAUACAUCACAGCCGAAUGCCCAUGAAGAAGCUGAACUGGAGUUGAGGAGGCUGCAGGAUAUAAAGAGGGAUGAAGAGAGGAGGAGAGAGGAGCAGCUGGAGAAGGCUCGUCUCAGAGGGAAGCAGGCUCUGAGGAGGGAACAGCUUGUGCAGGAUCGGGAUCGGCUGCUGGUGGAGCUGGAGCACAUGCAGCAGACUGACCUGCUGAGGAGGAGACGGCAGGUGUCCCAGAUGCCUCCACAGAUAUUCCAGCCUCUGUACAAGAGACAGGAGACCAGGGAGGAAUUCCAGAGGGAGAUGGAGUUUGCCUUUGAGGACAUGUACACUGGAGAGAGAAGGGUUAAAGGUGACCUGGUCGUUCAGCUGGUACCGGAGCCGCUGCCCACUCUGUCCACAUGCACCGAGGACCAGGAUCUAGAUGUAACACGUGACGAAAUCCCCCCAGCAGAAACUGAUACCUCACAACAUGACACUGAGCGUGAAGUGGGAGGAGCUGAGCAGGAAACAUCUGCCCAAGCAGAGUCCGUCAGACCUCCUCCCAGACGAGCGCUGAAGAAGCUGCUGGAUCGUAUCAGGAGUCAGAGAAACCAGCAGACUGAGCACAGCCAUCGUUUUCCUGGAGCCGUUGGACCUGGAAUCAUGACAGAUCAGAUCCCAGAGCGGGACUCAACCAUCGACACAGGUUCUCUGACCAGUGAUGAGAGAGAAAACCCUCCUCCUGUCAGACCUGACUCCCCUCCAGCAUCGGAGACCAUUGAGCCGUUACCUGCAACAGACGUGAUUAUUCCAGAUGAAUUCACUAACAGAAUCCAAGAAUUUGAUGAGGAACGAAAGAAACGGGACGAGGAGCUGGAGAGGGAGAAGCAGAAGCAGAUGGUUUUGCUGCAAGAGCUGGAGGAGCAGAAGGUCAAACUGGAGCAGAUGCUGUUUGAGGCCCAAAAGGAGAGAGAACAUCUGAAAGCAGCUGUGACACAGAACCUACCUGUUGAACCAGAAGAAACUCCAGUUCACGAUCAGGAAGACGCCUCUGUUCGCAGAGGGCAGUCUUCUGAGGUGGUGCCUCCAGUAGAUGAAGAUGGCCACACCAGAAGGAUAAGAGAAUAUCAGCAGCGGCUUCUUGAACGAAACAGAACUCACCAGAGGUCUAUUGAAGUUGCUCGUCAGCGUCUGGAGGAAUACCAGCGGGCUCUGAGGAUUCGUUCUAACAUGUCUGCUGUUGGACCUCCAGGCCUCAUUCGUCCUCCUCUGCACUGGACUGAACCUUCUGCACACGUGUCACCUCCUCUGGACCUACCCACCAUCCCUACAGUGCCUUCGUAUGUUUAUUCCAAACCACAAACCUCAGCUGAUGUUCCCACAAGAGACUCAGACAUUUCAGCUCCACCUCCCCAUCCUUACGGUCUGCCUGUGAAUUCUGAAUCCAGGCGGCUUCCAGAUCCAGUCCAGAUUAUUUCAGACAGUCCCACAAACCAGAGAGUCGAUGUUGCUGUCCAGGUGACGGACCGAGUAACAGAACACCAGCCUCAACAAAAGUUCCAUAAAGUCCACAUGACACAAGUCUCAACUCCAGGUGUUCCCCUCCCGUCGACCUCUGACCCCAUCCAGACCAUUUCAGACCAGGUGACGGUUCAGCCUGGUUCUGUGUCUCGUGGUUCCCCUCAUACCGGGUCUGUCAGCUCCAGACGUGACGAUAUGGAGAGGCAGAGACUUGAGCUGCGGGAAGUCAUGAGGCGUAUGCUGGAGCAGAGGGAAGCAGUGGCGUUGCAGCAGAAACAGCAGGAAGUGGACAGACGGAGAGAGGAAGAGGGUAGAUGGAGAGAGGAAGAGGACAGACGGAGACAGGAAGAGGACAGACGGAGACGACAUGAGGAGAUGGAGACGAUGAGACUGCAAAAAGAGACACUGCAGGCUUUGAUUAACACUGAUGCACAAGCGCCUCCAGAGACUGCAUCUGAAGUGUUGGUUCCAGAGGAUGUUAAUCAGACCCGCCUCAAACUCCUGGCAUCUCUCCUGAAAGCUAUAGAGGAGUCCAAUGGAGGAACUUUAUCUCACCUAGAGGAGCCUCAGGAAGAAGCUGAAGCCCCUCCACAGCAGCCGUCCACCAGUGGUUCCGUCACCCAGAUCAGGUUUCCUGCUGGACCCGCCCCUGGUGCCAUUGUUCCUCCUCGAACAGCGAAGCCGCCAGUGACCCGAGUCCGUCUGGGCAUCAUGGAGAGAGAACAACAUGAGCUGAGUGUGAUUCAAGAAGUGGAGACGCCGGUUAAUGUCAGUCAGACAACAGGUCCAGAGGAUGAUGUUAAAGUGCUGAUCAGCGCUGUGGGCCGAGAUGCUCAGGAGUCGUGGGACUCAUCUGUGGCCUCGGUCAGAACUCCCAUGUUGCCCAGCAGACGACAGCAGACCAUCGAACGACCUCCAGGGUCUGGGAUGAGCUCGGCGACGCCCAGUCCUUACAUGUGGAAAGAAAGGCUUCUGUCUGGAGCAGUAACAUCCCCCGAGUCCUCAGUGUCUGCUCAGAGUAUCAUCUCACCACUUUCGUCUGACUCUGGGAGAGGAGCCGAUUACUCCGGUCCUGCCGUCACCAGUUACAGAUCUCCACAGUCUGAACACAGAACUCGUGAUCCUGAAUGUUUCUCCUCCACCACCAUCUCCACCGGUAGCUACAUCACCACUGAUCCGGAACAAAACUCAGACCAUGAUAAUGCUCCCCCCCACGGUCAUGAAGACAAACAAGGAACAGGUUUACUGAAUGUUUCCACUCCGUCCGACCAAAGCUCCUGUGUUAAAGACGCCUCGGCUCCAGGUUUUUCUGACGUCACCGCUGAAUCUCUGUUUAACGAGAGCAGCAUCCAGCGCAUCAUAGACCGAUACACGAAGGAGUUGAACAUCUCCCUCAGUACAGCUGGGAAAACCACAGACAGUGAAGGCUCGUAUACGGAUGAGUCGGGCUCCUCAGUUUCCCAGAAGUCUCUGAUCCGAGUGUCCCAGAGCGGAGUGGGUGAAGUAUCUACAGGUCAUCGGUCUCCUCCCUCAGACUCAGCAGGAACACAGAGGAUCAGUCAGCCGUGGGACACGUCACUCAACCCAGUCCUGGAUCACUUCUCAGAUGUGGAUCUGUCCCAGGGUCAGGACUCAUUCAGGCCUCUGAUUGGCCAUCUGGCGGACCAGUCCUCCUGUCUGUCUGUGGACCAGCGGGACUCGGCCGUGAAGCAGCUGGUCGGUCAACCGUCUGCCCACUCGUCCAUGAUUGGUCAGCUGCCAGGUCCAACGCUGCCCCUGAGCUCAGAUCACGGCGGCUGGGAUUCGACACUGAGUCAUAUGAUUGGUCGGCUCUCUCAUCACUCCGCCUCUCAAUGGCUGAGCAGUGGUGGGCGGGACCUCUUCACAGGUCACAUGAUGGAGCUGGAGCAGUCAUCCAUGUGGUUGGUUGAAGGUCAGGAGGAGAGGAUGAGGCCGCUGGUCGGAGAGCCGGACGAGUCUGCUGUUCAGAUGAGUGGAAGCGCAGGUGAACGAGCCCAUGUGGACGUCGGUGUCUCGGCUCAGAUCACUGUCAGUUCUCACCCAGCGUUGCCUCCUGAGUCCUCGUCACACAGCGCCUCCGACCCUAGGGUCAGUCCACAUCCACAGGACCAGGGUCUGGAUCUCCAGAUCCGUCCAGAAGAACUGGACUCAGAGAGGAGUGAAGUGUUUCCAGCCUCUGACUCCUUCCACCCUCUGCCCGCUGAGGUCACACACAAUGAAACUGUAGACCCCACCAUGACCUUUGACCUGCUGGGACAGGGCGAUGCCUCGUCUCCUACAGACCGCUCCGCUGACUCGUCCUUACAUUCUGAGGUCUGUGACGUCAGCCCUGAUCCCCCUGUCGAACAGCUGAGAGCAGAGGAAAGGUCCAGGUGUCUUCCAGAUCCACAUCAGUCCUUCACUGAGCUCCAAACGUCCCAGUGUCGCCCACAGGACUCUGUCCUGAUGGCGUCUUCAGUGGACUGUGAUGUGGAGGUGACGGUGCUGAAUCUGUCUCAUCUAUCAGUGUGUGAUUCUACAUCUGGUAUCCAGCUGCCGCCACCACCAGAGGAAGAACAGGAUGGAUCUGAUAAGAAUCUGGAUGAGACAUCUGAGCAGAAGUCAGACCUGGACACUGGUGUCCCCGUCUCUGAGAAGAUACUGGUCACUGUUGGUGAGAAGGGAAUCCUGGAGCAGUCUGAGAUCACACUAGUGAGUCUGACCGACAGUUCUCUGCAGGACCAGGACACGACCAUCACCGAGGAACAGGAAGCAACCGAAAAUGAAGUCGAUGAAGAGGAGGAAGAAGAACACCAAACCACAGACACACAGACGACAGAAUCCAUGUCAAACAGGACUCUGGUGGCGUCAAGAGGAGACCAGUUACCUCCAGUCCGACUCCUGGACUUCCACUGGGGCUCAGACCUGCAGGACGUCCAGCAGCAGAAGCUCAUGUGUCUCCUCCAGAAGUCCACAGCCCGGGUGGAGGCCAUCAGGGCCAGAGCGGCUUUCACCAAGACCCAGACCCACCUCCAGAAUCCACCUGGAUCCCGGAGACCAGCUCCAGUCCACAAACCUGAUCCAGUCUCCAAGACGAAAGCAGGACCUCAACUUAAAGCUGGUCCAAAGACGAAGGGAGGACGGAGGGAGUCUGGAGACAAAAGUACUGAUAGACCUGGAGACAAAAGUACCGAGAGACCUGGAGACAAAAGACCUGAGAGACCUGGAGACAAAAGUACCGAGAGACCCGGAGACAAAAGUACCGAGAGACCCGGAGACAAAAGACCUGAGAGACCUGGAGACAAAAGUACCGAGAGACCCGGAGACAAAAGUACCGAGAGACCCGGAGACAAAAGACCUGAGAGACCUGGAGACAAAAGACCUGAGAGACCUGGAGACAAAAGACCUGAGAGACCUGGAGACAAAAGACCUGAGAGACCUGGAGACAAAAGACCUGAGAGACCUGGAGACAAAAGUACCGAGAGACGUGGAUUCACCGAGCAGACGAAAACCCAAACAGUGAGUGAUUCUGCGCAGAAGAAGGUUGAGGUGAGGAUCUGUACGCCUGAGAGGAGAAAACAGGACGUGUUGGAGAUGCACCAGAGAACUCAGAGACUUUACGAGCAGCUGGAGGAGGUGAAACAUCAGAAGGAGGCGAGGAGUCGACAGGAGGCCUACGCCAAGAACCGACUCAAGGCCAAGGAGUUCCACAAGAAAACUUUACAGAAACUUCGUGCCAAACAGACUCAGCGAUGACGUGAACGUGAUCGACUUUUAUAUUUAUGUAAAUUCAAGGUAAUUUAAGUUUUUUAGUCAAUAAAGUUUUAAGUUAUUU